AUGCGAAAUGAGUUUGAGGCGGAGACGCCAUCGGGGGCCAUGAGCCGCAGCAAUUUUGCCGGCGGGGCUUUUACCGUGGUGGCCAGUGACAUGGACGGCACGAUCCUCGACCACAACGACCGCCUCACGGAGCGGACAAAGGACACACUGUAUGAGCUCUCCGCAUGUGGGGUCCACGUCAUCUUCGCGACAGGCCGUAACCACCUUACCGUUGAUAGCACAAGACGUGAACUGCUGCAGCACUACAAGAAGAGGCACGCGGUCAGUGGUGCCUGCAGUUCGCUGUCUCUCGGUUGCGAUGGCAUUUAUGUUGUUUCCUCCGAUGGCGCAAGAGUGCAAAACCCGAAGGGAGAGUUGAUUUACUCAAAGAAUUUGGAUAGCGAUAUCGUCAGGGUUCUCUACGACCGCUUUGCACUUCGCGACCACGGCGACGAUCCCCAGCGGGCCGUGUCCGUGAUGGUGCACCAGACCGGAAAGUUUUCCUUGUACCGUCCCUUCAUGAGCGACGAGCAGCUUGUGGCGAAGUAUGGUGUGUUGCCCGAGCUGCACUCAUCUCUUUCCGGGAGCCUUCCCACCGACGCCGUUGCCAAAUUGACCUUUCGCUGCAUCGACCCAGAGACACUGCGCUGCUACGAAAAAGAAAUCAAUGAGUUGUUCCGUGGACGCGCGGCGGCCGUGAUGGCGUCCAAUACGUGUUUGGGGGUUCUUAGCGCAGGGGUGUCGAAGGCGGCGGCGAUCCGGCAGCUCGGCGAGAUACUCAACUUUGACCCCGCGCGGGACGUCAUUGCCUUCGGUGACAGCAUGAACGACAUGGAGAUGCUCGUCGCUGCGGCAAAGGGGUGCGUCAUGGGCAACGCGCAGCAACGGCUCAAGGACGCGCUGCCCACGAUGGAGGUGGUGGGCGCCAACUCCGAAGAUGGCGUCGCCCGGAAGCUGGAGGAGGUUUUUUCGCUCCCCGCACGGCUGCCGCCUCACGGCCGAUGA